UUCUCCCAAACUCAAUUGUUCAGACUGCUAUUCGAGCAAAACAUCCACAGAAACUCUCCAGGAGAAAAAGUACAGAACAAGAUCACAACGAUGAAUCCUCACCAAAAGAACAAGAUUGACCUCAACAAACUCUCCCCCGAGGAGCAACGCCUCUUCAGACUCUACGGCAAGCUGCCAAACAAGUCCGAUCUCCUACAGAACAAAUUGAAGGAGCGCAAGUACUUCGACUCAGGCGAUUACGCACUCUCCAAAGCCGGCAAAGCCUCCGACACGGGCGUCACCACAAUCGGAACCGAGCACCCCAAAGCCGACGAGAUCCCACACAACAGUCCUCUCACGCACACCAUCUCCCGCAACGACUCUAUCGCCGGAAGCCCAGACGGCCAGCCCAUCCUCCCACCAGGCCCUGCGGGCAUGCACCGUGGCAGCAUAAACGGUAUUCCUGGUGGUGGACUCACAAGCCGUAGUCCCGUCAAAGAGAGUAGCUACCUGGCCAGAAGCGCGAGUAUCGACGAGGCGGGUAGCAAGCAGGAGAUGGGUGACAACGGUACAAUUCCUCUGGACGGCAGCAUCAGUCCACCAGCCAGAAAGGAAGGGAUCCCUAUUCGGAGAUGAGGUACUAUCAGUGGAGUUCCAGUAGGCGAUGAAAUUUGGCCCGGACGACGAACACCCUAAGGGAAAAAGGCUUAUGUACUACGAGAUUACGGCAGUGCGAUGUGCCAUCGAUGGGUAAGACGCUACGCGAACUGUGUGCUGGGAUUACACAACGUAAGAUGAACUGGACGGCUUGCUCGCUACAGCAGGACGCGUCCAAGGCAUGUGCGAACAUGGAAAGUCAUAAAGACAGUCCUUACGGACGAGUUAUACUAGUUUAUGCUACGUUAUGACCAAACUUUGGGGAUUGUUGCGAAGGGAAGGGCGUUUGUAUCAAUGAUACUUUCAAUGAUGAUUA